AUGCGAGAUCCUGUUCCCAGUCACGAAUGCUCGCCCAAGUGUGCAACCUGUGGCGAAGACCACCUCAUGGGAGAUCGCACUUGCAAGAAGAGGCUCAAACCUCUGCGCCGCAAACGCUCCAAAACUAGCAACACGUCAACCUCGCACUUGCCACGAGGGCCCGGUUCGACAAUGACAAAGAAGCAGCUCCGCUGCUUCAGCUCGGAAGCCGAAGACCUGGAUGUGGACUGGCCCGGCCUGCCACCUGCCUCCGAUAGUCCCCGCUCCAAGGACCAGCCGCUCCAUGGACGGUCACAGUCGCAGUCCCGGUCAAGGUCCCGGUCAAGGUCCCAGUCAAAGUCCCGGUCAAGGUCCCGGUCGAGGACCCACACGGGAAGUCCUUCUAAACCGCAACAAGACCCCGCAUCUCACUCCUCCAAAGGCCACAAGGCCAGGGCUCCAGGCUACCCCAGGUCGCCUCGUCCAGAGGAGGGGUCCGUCGCCGACUGUCCGGGCAGUGCCACGGCUGCCGCCUUUGAAGCCAGCGAGUGGCCCACGCGCAUCGCCACUGCUCAGAACCUGGCUCUGGCAUAG